AUGUUCCAGAAGGUAGUGAUGAGUCAGAGGUUGGGAGGAAGUCUGAGAAGGAAAGUCAGUGAGACAGAGACUCAGCUCCUGGCUCUCCAUGAAGCUAAGCUAGCUGCCAUCUCAGGUAAUGCCUUCAGCAGUGCUAAGGAGCUGAAGGCAAGAGAUGAGAGCAGUCUACAGAGAAAGAGACAGGCUGGAGCUGCUAGUCGAAGGAGACUCCACAGCCUGAGUUUUGGCAACAGCCAGGAUCUGGCCAGUGAAGACCAACAACACACAGCUGAAACUCGGAGCUGGAGGACAGACAGGCAACAUCG